UGUAACAAUUAGUGAUGACAAUACACAUCAUCAUUUCAUAUUUUAUUCGCUCUAUAAUAUUUUUAAUUGUCCCUUUCUUUACUAUCAGUCCUUUAUUGUAGGCAGACGUGCAUUCCUUCUUUUAUAAUUUGACCGACAAUUGUGACCCUGGAUGAAUGCGUGCCACAACGACAUUGUAGAAUUCUGCUGAUGUACGAAACCGAAGACGAGAUCGAGUCAACGUUUUACCUCAAAUUGCAAAUGCGACUUUAACCUAUAGUAAUACAUAUACAAACUAAAUAUUACAUUUUAUUAACUAUUAUACAACCUCACCGAGGAUUACAGAUUGUGACUAGAGAAUAAAAGCACGACGAUCCAUGUUCUUUACGGGUCGUUAACAUAAUAGCACUCUUUGCAUAUCAGUAGUGACACGUUCGAAUGUGUGAAGUGAUCAUUGUGUGGAGAAGUUUUAUCUACACUACUUUAUCCGUGCAUCAUAUUAUCAUUCGUAUAAUAAGAACCAGGAACGUUUCUCUGUAAUUCAUUUGCAUUAAUACGGCGGACUGAUACUCGGCAGUGGGUUGUCGGGAACAAGGAGAAAAACAAAGAGAGAAAAGACUGCCUACUGGGAGAAGUGCUUGGUCCUAAUUUUGGUGGCUGGACUACUUCAUCCUCUUAAAAAAGUUGAAAAACCAAUAAAUUCCUAAAAUUCGACAAUUUAAAGUUUCAAACGUAAGUUUUUACUUUCAACAUAUCUUAAGACCAGGCUUAAAUAUUGGCACAUGAGCUAUAGAGCAUGCCGAUUAUAACUUGUUGACGGAUUACAGAUUGUGACUAGAGAAUAAAAGCACCAACAAAUUUUCUUUACGACGAGUCGCUGAUACAUAAAAGCACUCUCUAAAUCAGUGACACGUUUGAAUGUGGGAAGCGAUAAUAUAUCGAUAAUAUAUUGUAUACAAUACUCCUCUAAUUCUGUGGUUUGAAGUGAUCAUUGUGUGAAGAAGUUUUACCUAUUUACAUAAAUUACUUAUAUGUGCAUCAUGUCAUCAUUCGUAUGACAUAAACCAAGAACUUCGAUGGAGAAGACAGACCGGCACCGGUGUCUGCCUCUGCACUACUCCUUAGUAUAGGACCAAUCUAGCUAUAGCACAUGCUGAUUAUAUAACUUGUUGCAUAGGAUUGUGCUAAAAUUGUUCAUUUUAGCAUUUUACACUAUUUUCGUUCGUUGAUAACCAAUAAGUGAAGUCGGAGCCCUUUCGGUCACUGGUCAGGAGGAAAGUGUUCGUUGAGUGGCCAGGUCGAAGGAGCCUUUUCUAAUUCUUGUCAAAGGACGUGCAUUUUUACGCGUAACAACUGAACAUUAUUCAAACUGAACUGUCUCUGAAAGAUAUCUACAUUUCCAGCACUCGUUGACACGCCUGCAACAUACCUACCUCGCAAGUGAAAUGGGGUCAUUGAUGGAAUCGGAGGGCUUGGGGGAGGACGAAAUAACGCACAUCUUCUUUCUGAAGAAACUCCCUGGCGUGGACACUGCAAAUAACUCUGUACAUCGAAACAUUCUUCGUCUCAUGCGGUCAACCCUUCGAGCAUGCACCACACAGUUCCAAAUUCCAAGGACUCGUGAAACUUUUAAAAAUUGGACGCAAUUUGAAGACAUCUUCGAGUCUCCGUUGGCUGAAAGGAUUUCUGUCUCCGUCAGAAAUAUCAAAGACGGAGAUUUGAUUCCGUUUUAUCUGCACUGUCAGAAUGCAGGAAUUAUAUUGUCCUCGGAGAAAACGGACGCCACGACGCCCGUUCUAGUUCUGUCCAGCUUCCAGACCUCGUGCAAGUCUGAAUUCGUAAUGUCUCAAAAUGGGGACUUGCUUGUUACCUUCCCCGAACAAUCCAUCAGAAUAAACAAAUCGGAAAUCCUUCAUUCUCAAGAAUUUGGAACUACAUUAGAACUUUUGAUGACAACAACGUUCUCAAUUGCGCAAGAAAAAGCGACUAAAGCAGGGAAGAAGGUUGAAGAAACGCGCGAUGUCGUUGACCCAAUGUUCGUCACGGACUGGCUUACGCACCUCUUGUGUAACGAGAAUUCAGAAACAUAUCAUGACUUUCCCCAAAUCCGUAAGAAGAUUCGCGAUGACGUUGUUUUGGGAAAUAAUGUUGGCGUUCCAUUCAGACGAAGUGGGCUAUGGACUACUGUUAAAGUAGUUCUGCAGCUCAGCCUCAUCAAAGAAUUAGGGUUGGAAUAUGGAAUUUUUGUUUUCAAAUGUGUCAUGCUUCUUGCAAUGACGAAAGCAUUAGAACAUUUUCAUGAAAAUCUCACCAUCGAGAAAUAUUCCUCCCAUGGGACUGAUAAGAAGGUUCAGAUGAUGAGAAAAAUUUCACGGCGACUGAUCAAGCUCAACUCCAUAAAUUGCACGCAGGGAAGAUUAGUGGAUGACGCUUUACUUUGGAUUGAGAAGAGGGUUACUUCUGUGUUAAACCAAGUAAACCAAGCCUUAAGAGAACAAUGGCUAAUCACUUCGAUCAAACUCAAUUCACAAACACAACAUCAUAGCAUGGUUUCAACUAAGAAUAGUAGGGCAGUAAUGUUGAAGCAAAUUUGUCCAACCUUGACACAGGAAACUCAAAUGAGACAGAUAACAAAUAACAUGAAUGAGAGCACUAUUCAACUUCCGAUUCCGGACUGCCCCGACCGACUUUUUUCAAAAACAUUCCCAUCGGUCAACAAUUCCUCGAAAUGGCAUGAAGCAGAUUUCGAACUCUGGGAAAUUGAGAACUGGAUUAGACUGCACUUGGAGACAUUUUUUAGCAGUGAGAAUUACUCUUCACGAAUUCAGUCACUUGCCUACGAAUAUUCAAGAAAAGCGAUGGAACAUUACCGGAAUGACCCGAUUGGAAACAGUAGACUCGUAUUAACCGUCCUUAAAUGCAUCCAGGUACUCGAUAAAAUUGCCUCAACAGAAUAUCCCACUUACGCCAAGCAUAAUUCUGGAGUUGAUCUGCAUUUCAUGGACAGACUCGUCCUUCCUAGAUUGUGCGACAUGCAAAUCGCACACGACUUGUUUAUGUACUUUUCGAAUAGAAAUUCUGGAAAUGCUACAGAGUUCCCGUCCUUGAUAGAAGAAGAUGUCCUUUCGGAAAAGUCGUUUGCUGUAAGAUUCGCAGAACAGUCGGAGCCAAUGGAAAACUUGCGUCAGGAAAUUUUGAAAAUGAUUGAAGAAGAAACUUCCAGCAAAUAUGCCCAACUCGCUCAAGUCCGUGAAGAAUGCACAAAUCUUGAAACCCAGAUUGCGAGGCUACAACACGAAUAUAACUACGACUCUUAUCAGGAACGAGACGUUCACUCGGGAGGGUGCAAGAAAUGCUCCCUUGAAGAACAGUUGAAAUACAAGCUGAUUUCAGUCGGUCCAUAUGAAAAACGACUUCCUUGCUCUCAAACUCUACAAUACGCUGUUGUCUUUGAACUGAAAAUUCCGAACGAAGUAGCAAUUUUACGAGAUGUGCUUUACUUCUUCAAAGUGGAUAUUUUAAACCAGCCUUGGUUGCAUUUGAAGGGAAUUGUAGGAACCUGGGUCUCCUCAGCAUUUGUAAGUCAAUACAACAAUGAUACAGAGACUAACUUCAAAUUGAGUAGCACAACAAAGACUUCAGCUUCGGCCCAUUACAACAAAAACAUUCCAGUGACCAGAUCAAACGAGCAUUUCAUCCUAAAAAAUGGACUCAACCAUAAGUAUCAUGGGAAUUCGAGAUUAGGAUCAAAGUCUGACUUUGACACUCGAUGCACGUUUCUCAUUUCGGAUGAUAACUCAAAUUAUAAAGGAAUGCAAUGGGCCGUCAAUUGGACAAGUCAUAACACAAAUGAAGUUUUAGCCAGACAGUGCGAAUGCCCACCUAAUUUGUCCAUUACGGAAUUUGUCCAGUUUGGGUCACUUCGUUCUGGUCACCGACUUCAGUACAGAAAUAUUGUGCUUGCUUUAACAAACGAUAGCCUGUCCUGGAAAGCAGAAGAAGUUUUCAUGUUAAUAUGUCAAUCUCAGUUCCAAUACGGCAAGUCCACUUCUUCAGAUGGGAUAGUGAGAGAAGCUCAUCAAGGUCUCUCGGACACUAUCUUCGCCACAGAAAUAUUACAAAUAUUGGAGGACAAGAUAGAUUCGAAUGAAAAGAAAUGGAGUGAUCCAUACACACUUUGCAGCCUUGUAGCAAUUGCGGGCCGCCUCCUUGAAAUUGGAACCAUAGAUUACAAAUUUAAUCUUAAGCAAAACGUCGCCAGUUUUCUAAGAAAAUGUAGGAAAAUUGCUUGCAGUUGGAUUUCUAAGCUUCAAGGAUUACUUGCAAAAGCCUACGCUGCCCCUGAAUCGGAAAAAAAUACUUUGAAGAUGAAAUUGGUUUUAUCUGCUCUUGCAGCAACAUUGACCUUCUACGUGAGCCCAGAACACGUGGAUCUAGUCAUGACAACGUCGGAUGACCUUCUCCACUGGCUCAUUGCGAUGUCAACCCUUUACAACCACGAUUGCUUGACAUUAAGUAUCUAGGUCGAGUGAAAGUCCUUGGCAUCACACCACUUCAACGAUCUCUUUUACGCCUCUCAAUCAACAUCGGGUUAUCCUUAGAAUCAGCAAUAAAUGGAAUUAACAAUAAAGAUGACGCAUUUGGAGCACUUUCACGUCUCAAUUGGAAAGUUUCGCCAUCAUUUCCCAGUAGAUGGUCAAAGUGUCAAAAUCCCCAGAUCUACCAAUGCUCCAAAGCAGUUCAGCCGGAUGGAACAGUGCAUCAUAUCUUUUUGGACGUAAUAUUUGGAAGAUUUCUUGUCGACGGACUCCCUGUCAGUCGUCUCCCGGAAAAUAUUGUGCGAAGCCCAAUUUAUCAACGUGUCUUCCAAAAAGCAGAGUUUACCGUACAACCAAAUAUGAACAUGGGAACUGUUGUCUUGUCGACCACUACGACUUACGAAAACUGCACUUAUCAAUUUUAUAUGCAAAAUCAAAAUUUGAUAAUCAAGGAGCUGUCGAACAACAAUGGCAAGUUUCAGACCACGGAGCUACUCUCACAUUCGUUACUGGAAAAUGAUUUUCCAUCCUCAUUCAGCCAAAAUUUUACCCACUGGUGGAACUCGGAAACAAACAUUGUCAACUUCCGUCCUAUUCAUUUUGACAUGCCAAAC